GUGGAACUGAGUGUAAAAGUGUUGCUGUAGGCUUUGAAACGCUGCGGCAGUGAGUCGCCUGUUGGUCACAGAACUCAACUGACACUACACCUGCUCUAACACGAUGUCUUCAUUGAUUUUCUUCGACCUGGAGACAACUGGAUUAAACACCUCGCAGUGUGACAUGAUCCAGUUGUCAGCCAUCUGUGGAAACAGGGUCUUUAACCACUACACCCUCCCUCGCUGUCCCAUCACUAUGGGCGCCCAAGAGGUCACGGGCUUCAGCGUCAGCAGUGGCAGUUUGUAUUACUGCGGGGUUCGCAAGCACACCUUCCCUCUCGAUUAUGCUCUGACCUCCUUCAUCACCUUCCUUCACUCAUUCCCCAAGCCUGUGCUGCUGGCGGGCCACAAUGCAAUGCGGUUUGAUGUGCCUGUGCUCAGCAGACUGCUGCAGGAGUUCUCCCUCAAGCAGCAGUUCCAGGAGGUGGUUUCUGGGUUUGUGGAUACCUACGUGCUAAGCAAGAGGCUCUAUCCUGAUCUGGCCGGUCAUAGCCUGGAGAAAUUGGUCUCACGCUUCCUGAGAGAGACCUACAAUGCCCAUAAUGCUGUUGCGGAUGCUAGAAUGCUACAGGAGCUGUACAAUGAAUGGAAUCCUAGUGGAAGGAUCGUCUUGGAAUGUACUUACGCAGUAGACCAAGAUUUUUAAAAAGCUACAGAAGAUAAAUUUGAUUGAAAAGUUCGUUCUGUGUCAUGAUUAAUAUUUUUGGAUUUGUAGUUUUGUUGUCUGAUGCACUCUAACAUGGUUCAUACUCACAAGUGUAAUAUUAUAUUCAGAUAAUAAACUUAAACCAUUAAAAUAUGACUUGAGCCUUUCA